AUGAGGGCCAGUGUUGUCUUCAUCAAUAUCUUCAUUGAUGACACAGUAGGAACCUUCAGUAAAGCUGAGGACAGUACUGAACUUGGCAGCAAGAGGGAGGUAUGGUUGACACACUUAACGACAGAGCUUCCACCCAGAGUGACCUCAAGAACUGGACUGAGAGAAACCUCACAGCACCCAGUAAGGUCCAGUGCAAAUCUCUGCGCUUGGGGCAUUGGUAACAGUUCAAUAGCAAUCUGGAUGUGCUCCAGAGUGGGAAAAACUCCUACUUUGCAACUCCACGAAAUUCUGAAUUGUAAUGAAAAUCUGGACUCAAUUUUCUAACAAGCUGAAACUGCAGAGUUGAGUAAUAUUUCAGCUAUUGCAGGUAACACACAGAUCCUUACUUCCAUGCCAGACCAACUAACGCAGAGUAUUUCCACUGCUGCUAAUAUUGCAGUGAAGAUCCUGAAAAAGCCAAAUAUUUCAGAAGACCCUCAGGCAUCUGUGGCAGUAAUGGCUAAAGUGAGUCAACUCCUGGAUGCUAAUGAAACAGAAUUUAAACACAAUAAUCUCCUCAAUGUUACAGCAAGCCUCACAAGAAUAAUGGAAGAAUUUUCUUUGACCAGCAACAUCACCCACUCCAACACUGCAAUCCAGUCAGUCCCACUGAAAUUAAACCCAUCUAUGAUUCUAUUUUCUGCACAGAGAGGUACGGGACUGGGAUAUUUUCAGUCAACAAAACUAGAAAUACAAGAAAAUGUCCCUGGCCUUAUUGGAGAUCUCAAUACUGAAGUUCAGAUACUGCUCAACAUUAUAUAUUACAGUAAUGACAGUUCAUCGGACAAUGGAAAAGCUGGUUUUGUCCUGUGUCAAAAUGACAAAUUCUUCCAGUUGAGGAUUUAUAAGAGUUGCAGUAGUUUUUCUGAAUAAAUCAUGUCUGGCAGCACUGAAGGUGGAAGUAUCAGUGGUGUUGAACUAGCCUUCAGCUCAAAGUACAACACAUCAGAGCUUCAGCUGCAUGAUCAUGCCUGUGUCUUUUGGGACUAUACCACCAAUGACUGGAGUAUCACAGGCUGUAAAAAAGAAGGGGACCAACUCUUGAGACUCAGGUGUAACCACACUACUAAUUUUGCUGUCCUGAUGGCCUUCCAGAUCAAAUAUAAUUAUGCAAAGCCUUCGGAGUAUAUCUCUUACGCUGGUAUUGGAUUGUCCAUUGGUCUGGUCAUUACCAUUUUGUUUCAGAUCUUCACUAGGAAAACUCAGAAGUCCUCAAUAACAUGGAUGUUAGUGAGUCUCUGCUUCUCUCUACUAAUUUUUAACAUCAUCUUAAUCUCUGGAAUUGAGAAUUGAAAUACCAGGAAUCAUGGCAGUGAUACUACCAGAUAUGACCAGCAAUAUCAGACUUACAAUACCACCAAUAAUAUCUUACUCACCUCUGAUCUGGCAGAUCUUUCUGCAGGCUCUUGGUGUACAAUUGUGGCAGUCCGGCAUUACUUUUUGUUGGCAACAUUUAUGCAGACAGCCAAUUCUGCACAAUUGUACUUACUGCUGCUUAGAGCCAUGAAGCCACUUCCUGGAUUCUUCAUUGUAACCAUACCAGUAAUUGGAUGGGGAAUCUCUGCUAUAGUUGUUGCCAUAACACUUGGAGCUACUUACAGAGAAUGAAAAGCAUUAAACUACCAAUAGAGAGAACUUUGCUGGCCUGCAGCACUGAAUGAAAAGCAGAAAUUUCACCAUGGAGAAGCCUACUUUGCAGUCAUUCCUAUUGCUAGUAGCACUCAUAUCCUGUUUAUCAUCUUCAUCAACAUCACAAUCUCUGUGAUAUAGAGGGAUAACACAAAUUUGACAAGAUUUUUGUUUGUUUGUUUGUUUUUUAUGAAUAAAAAGGAUUAACUCAUGAAAAAGAUGAUUGUCAUUAUCUCUACAGUUGUAGUGCUAGUGAUCACCUGGACAGUAGGCUACCUGAUGCUAAUAAAUCACUAGGAAACAAGUCUCAUUUUCAGCUAUGUGUUCUGCAUUUUGAAUGCUAACCAGCUGUUUUUCAAGUCAGAUCAUACUGAUCAAUCUCUUCUGGUUUUAUCAGUAAAAGGCAAACUCUGGGCUUUCAUUUACUCCACAGGGAGUCAGGUUUGUAUUCUGUACAAUUUGAGAUGGCUAAUCUCCACAAAAGUUUCUGAAGUGUCUCCUGUUUUCUCAGAGCUAGAGAUACCAGUGUAUCUGCGUUCAAAAACUUACUAUGUUUCAAAAUCAUAUCUUGCAAAACAUGCAAGGGAAACUUUCAGACCAUCCGAAACUUUCUCAGAAGAUAUUUCUUUGUCCACCUUAUCUAACUGCAGGUAA